GAGUGGACAAUCGACUCCAUGUACCGCAUAGUAGAGCUUCACACUUUGUUGACCUCCCCCGGAGAAGUUAAUAGUGCGCCAUUGACUAAGACGACGACUCCGAGAUUAUAGCGUUGCGUUCGUUCACACAUCACACACGUUUUAUUCCAUUCAUUCCGGAGCUUUUUCGUCCACGCAGAAAAUAAAAAUCCUGAAAGAAAUUCGAGCACCAAAUUCAAAAAAAGGAAAAUUUAAAACAACAAAAAAGAUGAACCCGGUUGUUGUUCUCCUGCUGGUCCAGUUGGUAGCCGCUCAACCUGUCGCCUUGCCGAACCCAUUCGCUGACUGGAACACCAAGCCGUCCAGCAGUAAAGUUUCUGUACUGGACACCCAACCGCUCAGCAGGACUCGAAGCCUACCCCAAACGUCACAAUCAACAAAUGGCAAUCAUGCAGGUCCGAUCAACACUAAGAAUGGUGGCACUUUCGACAAAGUGGGCAAAAUAAUUACGACGACCACAACGACCGAGCCUUUAACUCAACAGGCCACUGUUGACAUAGAGACAUUGCCAGGAUUUUGGUUAAAAGAUCCCAGCAGGAUCGAAGAAACGACUGGGUCAUCCUACGAGGUCGAUUACCGCACCGAACGGUACCGACUGGACGAUCUUCUACUGUUGAACAAGAGGCGCAAAAAUGGAUAUGUCGGACACCACCACGAAGAUGAGAAGACCCAUUAAAAAUAAACCAGGAAUUCCGAUGGCGUAACAUUCGGAGAAAACUGCAAAAAAGAAACUAACCUCUCAAAACUCCAUUCCGGAUGAGCACCACACACACAAUAAUCAACUCAAAAACAUUAAUUUGGUUUUUUUAACACGUUUUGUUUUGUUUCGUAUACGGGCAAAGGUAAGAGAGUAUAAUAACUUACCGUUUCAGGAGGUUAUGACCGCGCCCGCCUAUGGAAAAACGGUCAUCAUUUCCCUCCACCCCCCCCCCCCCCCCCCACCC